CUAUCCGUCUACCAAAUAAUUAAUUUCAAAUCUCUCUCUCUCUCUCUCUCUCUCUCUAUAAAAAAAAAAUAAAAAUAAAUAAAAAAAACCCAUUAAAAAUAUGAAAAAACCAUCUACAUUUCAUCUCUUAUCUCUCUUCUUUCUUCUCUUUGUCAUGACAGCCACUUCCUCCACCGUCAGCGGCGUCGCUACUGCCCGGAAACUGCUCAACUUUCCUGACAUGUCUUGGGGAUCACCCAAUGGAGGAGGAGGAGGUGGGAACCCCACUGGGGCCUAUGGCUCUGCCCAUGGUCCUAAUUGGGACUACAAUUGGGGUUGGGGUUCGAGCCCGGGGAGCGGCUGGGGUUACGGUUCCGGUUCUGGCCGCUCCCCGACUGGAUUCGGGAAAGGUUAUGGAUAUGGAUAUGGAUAUGGAUCAGGAUCCGGGUCAGGAUUUGGAUAUGGAAGUGGGAGUGGUGGUGCUCAUGGUGGUGGAUAUGGGUCCGGAAGUGGCUACGGUAAUUCUGGCGGCAACGGUAGUGGUGGUGGAUACGGCGGUCCAAAUGGUGAAGAGUAUCGGUCGCCAACGACUACAAAGGACAAAAACAGGCCGCAAGGGUAGAAAAAUGUAUGUAAUGGUAGUAUGUUAUAAAGUCUAGUUAUAAGGUGAUAAAAUGUGAGAAUAUGGUUAGCCCUAGCUAGCUCGCUCUAAUUAUAAUAUAUAUGGUUUGUAAGCUUGUUUAAAGUUUGCCCAUAUAUGAGAGUCAGCCUUAUAAUCAUAUAUUAUAGUGUGUAUUAUAUAGCUUUAUAAUGAGACUAAUAUAUGUUUUCCAUUUUUCAUCUUUA